AUGGCAAAGGUGGAAUACAAAAAGAAACUGGAGAGGAAUCUACAACACAGCAACGUCUGUGAAAUGUGGAGAGGAGUCAACACCAUCUCUGGUUACAACAACAAGAAAAGACAGCCAGUGAUUUUAGGACAUAAAGACCUGACAUCUCCUACACAGCGAUAUAUUGACAGCAAGGUGGUACGAACACAAACAGAGGGAGAGUGGCUGUCCUUUGACGUGACAGAGGCAGUGAGCGAAUGGCUGAACCACAGAGACAGAAACAGUGGAUUCAAGAUCAGCCUGCAUUGCCCCUGCUGCACGUUUGUACCAUCAAAUAACUACAUUAUUCCCAACAAGAGUGAGGAGCUGGAGGCACGGUUUGCAGGUAUCGAUGACAGCUUCAUUCACAGUGGUGACCUAAAGGUGUUUAAGAAGCGGCGACACAGCACUCGGGCUCCACACCUUCUCCUCAUGCUGCUGCCUUCAUACCGGCUGGAGUCCCAGUCCCAGUCCCAGCACCCGAACCAUCGGUCCAAGAGAGCCCUGGACGCUGCCUACUGCUCUAGAAACGUUCAGGACAAUUGCUGCUUACGGUCACUCUACAUUGACUUUAAGAAGGAUUUGGGCUGGAGGUGGAUCCAUGAGCCAAAGGGCUAUGAGGCCAACUUCUGUGCCGGGGCCUGUCCGUAUCUGUGGAGUGCCGACACCCAGCAUUCCAAGGUGUUAGGCCUGUAUAACACCAUCAACCCUGAAGCAUCAGCCUCACCCUGUUGUGUUUCCCAGGACUUGGAGCCCCUCACCAUCCUCUACUACAUUGGGAAGACCCCAAAAAUAGAGCAGCUCUCCAACAUGAAGGUUAAGUCCUGCAAGUGCAGCUAGAAGCCCUUACAAACCACCUCUCUCUCUCUCUCUCUCUCUCUCUCUCUCUCUCUCUCUCUAUCUAUCUCUCUCUCUCUCUCCUUCCUUCAGACAAACACACAUACGUAUCCACACAUACAGUGGAUUUGGACAAACAUGAAGUCAAACCGCAACUGUACUUUCUCUUCCAUGCACCAUUAUACUCACAGCAGUCAGGAGUGGAGUGCUGGAGAAACGAGUUACAGACCGAUUCAGUGCUAGUUCAGUGCAUACUCAAUAUACAGGAGCAGUGCUGUCAUGACACCAAAAACAUGUCUUUGAUACCAAUGCUGAGUACCAGCAAUAUGGUGAUACAUACUUUUCAUGAGGCUUAGGGGCCGUACACGUGCCACAUCUUUAACUGCCUGGAAAAUGUGAGGUUGGGUCCUCGGUGUUACUCUUGUGCCUAUUCUGGCACACUUUCACAAGUGUGGAGGCAGGUUGCUAAACAAACAUUACAAGUAUCGUAUCAUAGCCUACUUAGCUAAAAUUCUGAGUGAGGAGCUGAUGUCCUUUCAGGCGCUGUUUAUUAAGUGUGUUGGCCUAAAAUAUUGUCCAUAGGUAGCCCUGCACUAAAUUGGUCAACUUCUCAAUAUGUACCACAGACCGAUCUUUGCGGAAGAAGGGAAAGAUGCAUGUCACGACACCGUUGCUGUGACGUUUGAAUGCAUCCACUGUGUGUCUACAUCAAAAACAAUGGAUCAGAGGGCACAAAAAAUGCAGCAUACAUAGGCCCCCUAAAGAGUCUUCAGUCUGUUGUAGGGCUGUCCCAUAUAUCAUUGUUUGGGUACCAGAACUUAGGUAGUAAUUGAGAGCAAAGCUUUGGCCAGCCGUGGGGGCUGGGGUGCAUAUUAUUAUCAUAAAUGCUCAUAAUAUUAGGUUCAGAAUCGGAGACAACCCCUGAAAAGCGGCAUGAAACAGAAGCACAAACACAGCAACAAAUUUCAGAUUUAGAACUUUAGGCAUGUGAUACUAAUAGUUAGCCCUGUCACUGUGUGUGUGUGCGAGAGAGUGUGUUAGGAGAAGUUUGCCUUCAGGACUUUCUGUCAGAAAGGGAUUUCCUCGUUAAGGUUAGGAAAUAGUAGCCUAGGUUAAAAUGAAUACAACUUUGGAACCCAUUGUCCUCCAGUCUGAAGAUGAAAAGCCUCUUGGGGCAAGGGCCUAUAUUUUGGGAUGAUCUGGUGUAGCUAGCAGAUAUCUGAGAUAUCAUUUUGACUAAUCCUUAUAAACAGAUAUCUGCAAUGAAUGCAAUAAAUUAAAAACAAAAAAGCUAAUAUAGAGCUAACUCACCAUCAGACGAUAGCUUAUUGGUUCUGAGACUGCAUUUUGGCCAAUGUGUUCCACCUCUCCAUUGGUCUGUUCACCUGUAGUUCAAACAUGAUCGGCCAAUACUGCUUGGAUUACAGACAGAAACAUCAAAAACUCUGAUGCAAGACUCUUUUCCCGUUGUCUACAGAUCCUGCAUACAUCUGCAGAUACUGUUUGUAGUUAUUAAAAUGAAUAAAGCCCUAAUGGCAAAUUUCUUCUGUAUGCAGCGGACUCUCACGAUAAACGAAGAGAGAGCGGAGCAAUUAGUUGCUGAGUGACUCAAGACGCUACAAUAACAAUUUAUUUUUUUUUAACCUAUUUUAGAUAAUAAAAAAAAAAUUGAAUCUCUAUGCAAAACAUUAAAAUUAAUGUACUGGAAACACUGAGGUUUACAUUUAUUCAUAAUUUCUUUAUUGUCAUUUAUCCCCAAAAAAUUGAAAAUCAAAUACAGAGUGGAUCAGAAGAAUAAUUAUCAUGAUAGUUGAAUAUUCAGGUCCAGCCAGGCCCGGACUGGCCCACGGGAGAACCGGGGGGUUCCCCGGUGGCCUGGCCCGCAAGUGGUCUGCUCUGGCCUGCCUGUCUUUUUUUUUUCUUUUUUUUUUUUUAACGUGUGCUCUGCAGCGCAGGCUGCGCAGCGCAGGUGGCCGUGUCACAACAACUGGUCAAGAAGGGGUUUUUUUUGUAGAUUCAAGACGUGAUUAGUUUAUCUCGCUUUCCGCCCGCGCCCGCCCCCAAAUCAGCGCGCCUGUAAACUGAAAGCAUCUUGGUUGUGGAGAGUCAGGUGGAGCAGAGAGCAGAGGGUGUGUACGUGUGCCUGUGUGUGCAGACUGUGCAGUAGGAGCUCUGCAGCUCAGCAGCGCCGUUACAAUGGACCGCAAAAAGAGGAAAGGUGGAGCUGAACGGGAGAGAGAUAAAAAAAAAAAAAAAGGGGGGCCAUUGAGGAGGAGGCGGCCAAAUGUCAUAAACUUACAGAUAUGUUCAGAGCCCCCCCUGCCCCCAGCAGCAGCGUGACGUCAUCAAAUGACGAUGCUGCAACAAGUAAGUUAACAUAGAAAAGUAAGAAAACUGGUUAUUCUCAACAUGAGGUCCGGGGAGGAUGGGGACCGACCCGAGGCCAGAUAAAUGAUUGAUGAUAAGCUAUAAGAGCCAAAUUAACCCGUAAGGGUCCAUUUGGUUCCAUUUUGUACAGAGCAGCGCAGGCUGAAACAGUUUGGGGACCCCUCUUAAGGAUAGGCUCUUAUCUGUCUAAGUUCAAAAGAUUUCAAUAUCUAUCUAAUCUUACUGAAAUAAGAUCAGAUAAGCUGAAGUUGCUGCCGACUCAUAUUUUUAUUUGUUUUACUGUUGCAUUGAAUAUGGGUGUUGCCAUAUUGAUUAUGAUAAGCUGACAUCAAAAUGAUUUGCUGACAAAAUAAUACAAUCAUGUUGUUUAGUUCAGCAUAAUACCCAUUCAUAUAGGAGUCCUGGUUUAUUGAGGGGCACAUUUGGUGAGGGCAGGGAAGAGAAAAGCACUGGACUGGAGGACUAUGAGUAGGGUUGCUGUUACAGUUGUGUUUAAUAGAGUUGUUGUGUGACUGUCAGUCUGGAAUAAUGAGCUUUGGUGAUUACUUAGCCCAUAUGUGUGUCCGUGUGCACAUGCACGUGUGUGAGCAUGUAAUGUGUGGAUUGGGUGGCCUAGGUGGAUGUAUGACUCCCGGCCUGAAUUUUUGUCCCAGUCCGGCCCUGGGUCCAGCCCUGGUUUACUGUCAUUACUAGCUGUCCAAGCAUCAGGAGCUGUUGGCUAUCCAAUGGCACAUGCUCUUUAUAUCUAUUAAAUCUUCUCCAGGAGUGCCAAUGCAGUUAUUUGGUGUCACACAAGUCUGAAUGACUGACAUUGUGUGAAUGACAUUGUUCUAAUGUGACCAAGCAAACCAAACUAGGCAUCAGAAAGUUAGAAAGCCUCCAUAUUUAAUAAUGUGCAGCUGAAAAUCAUGAAAUAAAGCAGUAGAGAUGUUAAAGGAGACAUCCAGUAUUUUGUACUUUGUUUUAAUGUAAAAUGACCUGUUAAAUACACAAUUCACAGUUCAGUUCACAAUUCUUGUGAAAUGACCAACCAAAUUUAAUGUUAGACUGCAGUACUAGUUGUUUUGGCCAAAUCCCUGGUUAUUAUCAGCCUAUUCCAGUGCACACAUUUGCAUUGACUAGAGGUAAAUGUUUGUCAAAUAAUCUUAAGCAAUGGUACCAAAGUCAUGCCAAAACUGGAUUGUUGUGACUCCACUGCACAGGACACACACAGUAUAUGCUACACAUACAUAAAUACAUGCACAUUUUGAAGGCCCUGUCAACAUGCAUCACCUCACAAUUGUCACACCAUUAAGACCCAAGAGUAAGGCAAACACUGGAAAUAUAAGUGAUAAGCGUCUAUAUGUGAAACAAGUCCUAAAAAUAACAGCCUCACCCGCGACACCUACCCUACACCCCCCACCCCACAGUUCCAGCAGUCACACCAACCACACCAUGUCCUAAUUUCUCUGUUUGUCCCUUGUCUUGCCCUUGUUUUCCCAAUAAGAUGUUCAUGGUUGUGGUGUAGCACCCUACAAAUUUUGACCCAGGUAAAGAUCUGGGUGGUGUCAACCACACACUGAUGAUAUAUCAGCCAUCAUAGGGGAAAAAUACUUACGUCACAUGGGGCUUACAUAAAGGAUAAUUCCAGUUCAUUAGAAUGAUGGUCUUAUUUUUGCAGUUGGCUGUCAUUUCCCUGUAUUAUCAGAAAGAGGUAAAACCUGAAUUUGCUGCAGUUAUGAAAAUCUAAUACCGUAUCACAAUGGCAUCAAGUUCAGUUAAGCCAAUCAUAUUUUAGGCUGUUCUCAUGGACUCUGUAUAUUUUCCUAUUAAAAGUAAUGCAACAAAAUCCAUACAUAUAUCACGUAAUGAUGAGCCAGUAAUUCAUACAUAACCCACAUAUUUUGGAAGGCUGUGAUCACGUGACUGAGAGAAGUAAAGAAGGAAGUGGUCUGUGGUGGAAAUUUUGUCUUCUUCAUGCAUAUACUUAUAUUGUUUCAUUUUUCCUAUGUGUCUGUAAGUGUGUGACCGUUGCAUUCCCCUUUUGUAAACAUCUGUUGUUACCUGACAUCAAGAGAUUUACAUUCACUAUAAUCUCGCCUUCAAAGACAGUUCAUUGACUGUCUAACAGAUACAGCCAAUUACCUAAACAGGUAUGUUUCUCUGAUGUAAUCAAGAGAACAUAAUUAAAUCAGGAAAGCCGAAGAAAGCUACAAUAUUUUUCUCAUCAUCUUGUCGUCUGAGUGUAGGUAUAAAGAUGCCCUGUAUUUACUGUUCUGGGCACGAACUCUGAGCUUUGAGCCUGAAGUUGUGCCUUCUCUAUAGAGAAUAAACUCUCGUGCAUGAAGCUAUUCAGUCUUGCUUGCUGACUCCCAAGCAGACCGGCCAAAAAUUGCCACAACAGGUCCCAAGCAGCCCAGUUAGGGGGCAGGUUGGGGUGGUGGUAGGUCAUAAAACUCAGGACUUUCCCAGGAGACCAGUGUUCAAAACCAUGUGAACUUUGAGUGAACUUCGAGUCAUUUUAAGGUAUAUCCUCACCAUGUUUCUUUUCCUAAACCUAACCAUGAGGAUGAGGAUAUGUUGCACACCGCCAUGCCAGCAAAAUUUCUCUCUUGGUAGUUGUAGUUUUUUUUUUUACAGCAAAAGAUAAUCACUGCUAAGCUUUGUUCAAAUCACAAAGGCUUAGAAUUCUAUUAGCAGGUUUCCUAGUAGCAGAUAAAUCAUUAAUGUUACAAUAUACUACCAGAAACUAUACCCAGAAACAUUAUCAGAAAGGUGAAUGAAAGAAUCACUCCAGUGAUUGUAUGGCCUUACAGAAGCUAGUGAAGUGGCUGCAGGAAAUGACAUCAAGCAGGGACAGCACGAGCCUGGAAACCAUAAGAAUCUGCCAGCUCAUGUUUAAUUUGCUCUGACAGAUGCGUCUGCUCCCCCUCCAACUCAGACAGAUUUCCAGCAAGCCUGACCAAGGAAGUCCAAUCACAGUCUUUUGUCUAAUAUGGGGCCAGUAUGAUACAAUGAUUUGACAGGAGUGUCACUGGUCCAAAAGUGACACAUUUUACUGCUCUGAUUGGUUGUAUUUGCAUCCUGUCUGCUCCAUCCAAUGCAACACACCAGGAUUAUGAAAUUUAGAUCAAACUGUCAAACUAGGCAGCGCUGAUCAAAUAUGAAUCAAGAUUCUGUUACUGCAUUGCCUGUUUCUAAUGGUGAAUACUUUUAGGAACAUAUAUUAGUGUACUGUUAAGCUGUAAUUUGAAUAGUCAGUGACCAGGCUGCCAUUUUUUUCUUGCUUGAAAAUAGCUCAUACACUGCCCCAACUUGCAUGUGUCACUCAGGGAUACACGUUUCAUCGCUCUUGAUUGGUUGUAGCUCACGUUUCAUUACUCUGAUUGCAAGGCUUCAGUUGUUGUUGAGUUCACCUUGAGCACAGGUAUUAUUAUGCUGUAUUAAGUUCACACAGUUUACAGAUCCACUUCAUCUUUGACCUGCUGUACUUACUGUAGUUGUGUGCACACAGUUUUCCUGUGCAGUGAGGGAAUAUCAGUGAAAUUUCAGAUGUGUUCACUUUCAGUUGUGGUUUAAAGAAUGUGGAUAACUUAGAUUGUUUCCAACUGCUAGUGUCUCUUGACACAUCAGAUUUAGAUGUAGUAUUGACAGAUCUCUAUUAUUACAUUUAAAAGUUUUAAAGCUAUAGUGCGUAACUUCUACAGGUCCGUAAAUGUCCGUUUCACCCAAGCCACUACUAGAGGAGAUGACACAAUGCUGAUUAAGCCGAUCAGCUCCUCUAACAUCUCGCGGUAUUUUUCAAUAUAUAUCAUUGUCGACUGGCGACAUUCCCGCGCUGGCACACAGGAAAUGCUUCUUCACAACAAGAAGGGAGGGGGAGGAAGAGCGGAGAGUGUCAUAGCAAGGGGUAGAGCGCAGGUAGAAAGAGAAAGCAACAUGGUGGAGAAGCAGCCGAGACACGGUUCAGAAGUGGAUCCUACCACAAAGGCAAGUGUUACUCUGUGUACGGUGUGUGGCGACUGGCAAGUGUUAAUCUGUGUACACGGUGUGUGGCGAGUGUUACUCUGUGUACAUGAAAGUGCCGCCGGCUUAUUAGUUGUAAUAACGCAUUAUCCACUGGGAGGCGACAGAAGUUACGCACUAUAGCUUUAAGACUGUGCCUUUAUCAAAAAAAAUAAGUUUGAAUGAAUUGGAGCACACCUGUGACAAAGCGGCGGUAUUUGAUGACUUACAGAUGAGAACAGGCUGGCAGUUUGGUCAUCAAUCAGCUCACGCAAGCACUGGGAGAAAAUGCGAACUCCGCUCAGGAAUUCCCCAACCAGCCAGCCAGCAGGUUGGAACCCACUGAUGUUGCAAUAAAAAGCUUUCUUUAAAAAGUAUACUUGAUUUGUAAUGAACUGGAAUUAACCCUUUAAUGUUACGAAUGCACAAAUUCUUGCUGUUGUAUUUAGAAUAACUGAACUGAUCAUUGAUGUCAAUGAUGAAGGUGUCCUUCAUAUCCAAUUUAAUGUAUAUUGGCUGUACUUCACAGUGAUUGCUAUUGAACAAUUAGAGGCUUCCCACACAUAGAGAAAAUCCAAAGAACAUAAGCCUCAGAAUUACAGUGGUGUCAUCUCGUGCACUCAGCACAGCCACAGAUCCACUCUAGCUAUGAGAGGCCUGGGUUCAGAGAAUGGAGAUGCUGUGUUUUGGUAAGUGAUGAUGGAGCUGUGUUUGGAAAAACGCUGUGAGUGAUAAGUUUGAUGGAAGAUUAUUGAAGGUAUGAAUGAAUUAGAUUAUUAUGAUAACAAAAUGUAUCCAACCAUCAACAGCAACAUGUCACUCUGUAGUAGUGUGUUGUAGUGUCAUCAGUGUGUCAUCUAUCUGCCAAAACAAAUCCUGCCAUUUGCCUCAUAAAUUCAUGAAAGCUGUCUGUCAGUCAUUAUCUUUUUGUUUUAAACAAUUUGCACUGAUGCUGUUGUUAUUUUGCUAUUUUAAAGUACCUAGGUUUAUUAGUCAUUGAGAACUUCCCCUGUUAUUCAAUGAGUAGUGUUGAUGUAGGUGAUCUGACACCAGCCCUUUCCAGCAUUUAGUGCCAGUGGACUUGCUGAGUAGCAAGAGAAAAAUAACUAGGCACCAACUUUGUCACAAUAGAGCUGUUAUUUUUUUUAUAUGUAUUUGUUGUUGUUUUGAUGGUGGUGAUGAUGAUGAUGAUGAUGUUGACGAUGAGGAUGAUGAUAUUGUGACCCACUAUGCUGUAUUGUAACACAGUAUUGUUGUGGUGCUAGUGGUAAAAUAAAUUAUUUAAGU